CGGCGCGGGCCGGGCGCCGGCUGCGCUCGGGGUCGGGCCCGAGACCCCUCCCCUGGCCGGUCGGGCGCGCGGGGAGCGCGCUCUGGCAGCAGAAAGCGGAGCCCGCGGCUCCCUUCUUCCCAGGUCUCUUUUCUUUGCAAUCAGCGAAAAAUAAACACCCGGGAAGGAAUCUGCUGGCACCGCGGGACUGCUUCAGGGAUGCCGAACACCAACUUGCUUCGUGUGUCCUGGGCAGGUGUAGGGGAGCUGACGGCUCCAUGACCUACCACCAUGGAUGGAGACGGACUUUUUGUGGAAGAAACCAAAACAGUUGGUGCCAGCCAGGGUGGUUUGGCUGUCAAAGGUUUUGCCGAAACCUUCUCUGUUCCUUUUGGGGAAUCUGAAUGAGGGACAUCACAGACAUCUUCACUGGGAAGCCAAGGACAUUUCUGUAUAAUCAGUGGAUGAAAGGAUUCUCUCAGUCUCUUUUUCCCCUUUUUCCUCGAGGAUUAAUCCACCACAGUCUGCAAAUGCAGUGGGAACUGAAAGGCAGGAAUGAGGCAGAAGCCUAGAGCGCCUUCAGAAUGGCUCUGGACCUUUCUUGUGGUGUAGGGGAGUUUUAACACCGGCCACCACGCCUCCCCCCCCCCUUUUAUCUCUUUAAUUUGUUCCCAAUUUCUGAGUUAAGUAUUAUUUCCAAAACUGUUCUCUGGAGCUGUAAGUGAUUUGCCAGAUAUGCGAGAUUAGGAGCUGGGAGAAGAGGAAGCCCCCCUGUUGUGUGUCCUGGAGGCUGCCGACAUGAAGUGGUUUUUCUCAGUGCUGAGCUGUCUGGCCCUGCUGGGUGUGGUGUCAGCACAGCGUCAAGUCACUGUUCAGGAAGGCCCCUUGUACCGCACAGAGGGCUCCCACAUCACCAUCUGGUGCAACGUGAGCGGCUACCAGGGCCCUUCAGAGCAGAACUUCCAGUGGUCCAUUUACCUGCCUUCAGCCCCCGAGCGAGAGGUACAGAUUGUCAGCACUGUGGACUCCUCCUUCCCUUACGCCAUCUACACCCAGCGUGUCCGCAGUGGGAAGAUCUACGUGGAAAGAGUCCAGGGGAACUCGGCCUUACUACACAUCAUGGAUCUGCAGGCCCGGGAUGCCGGGGAGUACGAGUGCCACACGCCCAACACCGAUGACCGAUACUUCGGGAGUUACAGUGCAAAGAUGAACCUUGUGGUGAUCCCAGACUCCCUGCAGACCACUGCCAUGCCCCAGACUCUGCACAAAGUGGAGCAGGACCCACUGGAGCUCACUUGUGAGGUGGCCACGGAGACGUUCCAGCACAGCCACCUGUCCGUGGCCUGGCUGCGGCAGGAAGGUGGCGAGAAGCCUGUGGAGGUCAUCUCCCUGAGCCGAGAUUUCGUGCUUCACUCCAGCAGCGAGUAUGCCCAGAGGCAGAGCCUGGGGGAGGUGCGGCUGGACAAGCUGGGGAGGACCACCUUCCGCCUCACCAUCUUCCACCUGCAGCCUGCUGACCAGGGCAAGUUCUACUGUGAGGCUGCCGAGUGGAUCCAGGAUCCUGAUGGGUCGUGGUACGCCAUGACCCGGAAGCGUUCCGAGGGUGCCGUGGUCAACGUUCAGCCCACCGACAAAGAUUUCACUGUACGGCUGGAAACAGAGAAGCGGCUGCACACGGUGGGUGAGCCAGUGGAGUUCAGAUGCAUCCUGGAGGCCCAGAACAUUCCUGACCGUUACUUUGCUGUCUCCUGGGCCUUCAACAGCUCACUCAUCGCCAGCAUGGGGCCUAAUGCUGUGCCCCUCCUCAACAGUGAAUUCGCCCACCGGGAGGCCAAGGGACAGCUUAAGGUAUCUAAAGAGAGUGACAGUGUCUUUGUGCUGAAGAUCUACCACCUCCGCCAGGAAGACAGCGGGAAGUACAACUGCCGGGUGACAGAGCGGGAGAAAACGGUGACCGGGGAAUUCAUCGACAAGGAGAGCAAGCGUCCCAAGAACAUCCCCAUCAUCGUUCUCCCCCUCACAGAUAACUGGGUAGUUAAAGUUCCCCAGCAUCACCAGAUCCUGCCCCAAGGCCACUUGGAGAGCAGCAUCUCCGUGGAGGUGGCCAGCAACGCCAGCGUCAUUCUUGAGGGCGAGGAUUUGCACUUCUCCUGCAGCGUCCGCACGGCCGGCAGGCCACAGGGCCGCUUCUCUGUCAUCUGGCAGCUCGUGGACAGGCAGAACCGCCAUAGCAACAUCAUGUGGCUAGACCGGAAUGGCACCGUGCAGCCGGGACUGUCCUACUGGGAGCGCAGCAGCUUUGGGGGCAUCCAGAUGGAGCAGGUGAAGCCCAACUCGUUCAGUCUGGGCAUCUUCAACAGCAGGAAGGAGGACGAGGGCCAGUACGAAUGCCACGUGACUGAGUGGGUGCGGGCAGUGGACGGCGAGUGGCAGGUUGUGGGGGAGCGCCGCGCCAGCACCUUCGUCUCCAUCACAGCUCUCGAGACCGGCUUUGCGGUCACAGCCAUCUCCCGGACACCAGGGGUGACCUACAGCGACUCCUUUGACCUACAGUGCAUCAUCAAGCCGCACUACCCUGCCCGGGUCCCUGUGUCAGUGACGUGGCGGUUCCAGCCGGUGGGCACCGUCGAGUUCCACGACCUGGUGACCUUCACCCGGGAUGGAGGGGUUCAGUGGGGGGACAGGUCCUCCAGCUUCCGAACCCGCACUGCCAUCGAGAAGGCUGAGUCCAGCAACAACGUCCGCCUGAGCAUCAGCCGAGCCAGUGACACAGAGGCGGGCAAGUACCAGUGUGUGGCGGAGCUGUGGCGGAAGAACUACAACCACACCUGGACACGGUUGGCAGAAAGGACCUCCAACCUGCUGGAGAUCAGGGUGCUGCAGCCAGUGACAAAGCUGCAGGUGAGCAAAUCAAAGAGGACCCUCACGCUGGUGGAAAACAGACCUAUCCAGCUGAACUGCUCAGUCAAGUCUCAGACCAGCCAGAACUCUCACUUUGCUGUGCUCUGGUAUGUCCACAAGCCCUCAGAUGCUGAUGGCAAGCUCAUUCUCAAAACCACCCACAACUCCGCCUUUGAGUACGGCACCUACGCUGAGGAGGAGGGCCUGAGAUCGAGGCUCCAGUUUGAGAGGCAUGCGUCUGGGGGCCUGUUCAGCCUCACUGUCCAGAGAGCUGAGGUCAGUGACAGUGGCAGCUACUACUGCCAUGUGGAGGAGUGGCUGCUGAGCCCCAACUAUGCCUGGUACAAGCUGGCCGAGGAGGUCUCCGGGCGCACAGAAGUAACUGUGAAACAGCCAGACAGCCGCCUGAAGCUCAGCCAAGCCCAGGGGAACCUGUCAGUUCUGGAGACCCAGCAGGUGCAGCUGGAAUGUGUGGUCCUGAACCGCACCAGCAUGGCCUCCCAGCUCAUGGUGGAGUGGUUUGUGUGGAAGCCCAACCACCCUGAGAGGGAGACUGUGGCCCGCCUGAGCCGAGAGACCACAUUCCAGUACGGAGAGCAGGCGGCCAAGAACAAGCUGCAGGGGCGGCUGCACCUGGAGAGCCCUUCCCCUGGCACUUACCGGCUCUUCAUCCAGAACGCGGCUGUGCAGGACAGCGGGACCUAUAGCUGCCGCGUGGAGGAGUGGCUGCCCAGCCCCAGUGGUGUGUGGUAUAAACGGGCAGAGGACACCGCUGGGCAGACAGCUGUGACUGUCAUGCGGCCAGAUGCUGCCCUGCAAGUGGACACAUUGGUCCCCAAUGCCACGGUGUCUGAGAAGGCAGCUUUUCAACUGGACUGUAACAUCGUGUCCCGCUCCAGCCAGGACUCCCGCUUUGCUGUGGCUUGGUAUUCCCUGAGGACUAAAGCCGGAGGGAAAAGGGGCAGCUCUGGCCUGGAAGAGCCAGAGGAGGAGGAGGAGGAGGAGGAGGAGGAGGAGGAAGAGGAAGAUGAGGAGGAUGACCCCACAGAACGCACGGCCCUGUUGAGUGUGGGCCCCGACGCUGUUUUUGGCCCUGAGGGCAGUCCCUGGGAGGGCAGGCUGCGCUUUCAGAGGCUGUCCCCUGUGCUCUACCGGCUCACGGUGCUGCGGGCAAGCCCCCGAGACACAGGCAACUACUCCUGCCGUGUGGAGGAGUGGCUGCCCAGCCCUCAGAGGGAGUGGUACCGGCUGACAGAAGAGGAGUCCGCCCCCAUCAGCAUCCAUGUUCUGGAUACAAGCCCCACCCUCCAGUCUGUCAUCUGCUCCAACGACGCCCUCUUCUACUUCGUGUUCUUCUACCCUUUCCCCAUCUUCGGCAUCCUUAUCAUCACCAUCCUGCUGGUGCGUUUCAAGAGCCGCAACUCCAGCAAGAACUCUGAGGGGAAGAAUGGGGUGCCCCUGCUGUGGAUCAAAGAGCCGCACCUCAACUACUCCCCCACCUGCCUGGAGCCCCCGGUGCUCAGCAUUCACCCAGGGGCCAUAGACUAGGGGGACGCCCAACUGAUGUCCGCCACGAGGAGCCCAGGCUUUCCCUUGCCGCCUCCGCUCUGUGACUGGACAGUAGACAGCACCCGCCCUCUGGAGUGCAGGUGCAGAACAUCGUUAGACUUGACAAAGCGUUCAGAAUUCUCCAUCAGUCACAGAGACAGACCGCCGCUAGGUGGCGGUCUCGGUUGGUUAGCGAUUUGUGUGCAAAAGUGAUCUGCCAUUAUAGGGUUCUCGUUUUUGUUUUUAGUAACGUAGUGAGUAGCUCCAGGUGCCACAUCUGCUCACUGAUUUCUCUCGUAUUCUCAGAUAGAUGUGACGGGGUUCAUUCUUUAUAAGAUAUUCUUUUUUGAAUCCCUUUGGUUUCCCCAUUUGGGAUUCCAUAAUGAUAUGGACGAAUUUCUCUUACACAAAACUGAUGGCAAAAGGAAGGAUGAACUUUCUAGUGACAAGGAAUCUCUUCCAAGAAUUUUUGUUUUUACAUUUUUGAAAAUGCCACCCGUGGAUCCAAAUACGCCCAAACAUUUUGUUCUUUUUUUUUUUUAACUUCUUAACAAGACUUGAAAAGUGUAUAAUGUGGACAAAAUUUGUAUCUUCUCUUUUCCCUCAGCUAGAAUUGUUGGAACCAUUUUGUAGUCAAAGUGACAGCAUUGGAUUUUGCUUCAAAGAACUGUGUAUGUAUGAGCAAAAUCCCAUAUAACCUCAUUAGGAGUAGAGGGUGCUUGGCCUGUCUGUCAGGAGGGGGGAAAAGGGGACUUCAUUCAAUCCUUGCCAAAAAAUAAGAAAACUGUCUUGUAGAAUAGGUCAAAAGCUCCUGAUAGCCCACACUUUCCAAGUUAAAAUGGGCAGAGGGCGGCUCAUAGCCACUGAUCACUUUCAGUUUGAUCAAAGCCAAUGAUUAGAGAAGGAAGAGAUAAAAGGCUGAGUAUUGGCUUGAUCGUGCUGCAAGGGUGGUCUCCACCGGACACUGUGGCAGGAGGGCUGCUAUCUGCAGGCACAUUGCCAGAUCUUUUAAAGGACAGUAACUCCAAACCUGGAAGGAGGACAGCCCUCAGCUGAGCACAGGGGUCAAAGCAGCCACUAUAUAUACCCGGUGGAGGGUACGGAGCUGUCCAACACUGAGUUUGGUGACAAGUGGGAUACUAAGUUUGGUGAGGGGUGGGAAGGGGGGUUCUAGGGCCUGAUGUUGGAGAGUGCAGAGGAGUAUCUACCUCCCUGGAGGUGUGCAGACUAGGUUUUUCUUCCUCCUUCCAAGUAGAUUCCUCUGUGAUAUCAAUGUCUUCCUUCCCUUUUCCCUUUCCCUCUCUCUCAUGCUGUGAGAGCACUGACCGGGGUGAGGUCCAGUUACAGCCCUUUGCCAGCCUUUCAAUUUCCCUGGUCUCAGCAGACAGUGGUCACAUACAUUGUUUUCGUUUUAUUUCCCUUUCCCUUUCUUGGAUUAUUUUUUACAGUUUUAGGUUAUUUGAUUGUUCAUUUUAUGGUGGCUUUUUUGUUUUAAUGCCCCUUGAGCCCAACCCUGUUACUUUACACUGCAGGCCAGAUGCUUGGUGCCCUGGAGCAUCAUCAGCUGGAAAUAAUUCCUCCAUGAAGAUGUUUAUUACGCUGUUCCUUACCCAUAUUUUGUUGGCCAAGUGUACCAUAUCCCUUCCUCAAGGAAUUUGUACCUUGAAUCCCAAGAGGGGUCCCGAUUUGCAAAAAGCCACCAGGGAUUCUGGGAUUAAGUCUGACAAGAGAGAUUCCUGCAGAGCCUUGUUCUGAAGGUGAACAGCCUCCAGGGGAGGCUGUGUGGGUGCCAAUCCUCAUCUGAGGUCUGCAGGUGUGCAGGCAUGCAGGUGGCCAGAGCUGCUCAGCAGGUGCAUUGCUGAGGCAAGCUGAGGGGAAGCAAGGCAGUCACUCUGCCAUUUUCUGACAGGCUUACAUGGCUCUGUCUUUUCCCUCCCACGUGCAUCAGUGCCGUCCUACCGUGCACAGUCACCGCCACCUUAAUCCUGCUGUUGCCUGGCAUACUGAUUCGCAUUUAUUAUGCUGCAUCAACAUGUUAGAGGUACAGAAUCGGCUUAGUCAUGACGAAGGAAGGUCUUCUGCCCUUCAUUUCAGGGAUGUGGGCUUUCAGUGGAAAUUUUCUGACUCAAAUUUAUAGGCUGAGUCAGUGAGGGAGGAGGACUGACUUUUCAUCUGUCUGAAUGGAAGGAUGCCAGAGGGCUGGCUGGGACUGGGAUGUGUAACUAAGAUUUCAGUUUGAAUUGGUUCACAGCAGUAGAAAACUCAGUGCUGCAUGUAAUUAAAUAUGUAAAGCAAUCACAGGAAAUUUGAAAGGAAAAAAGAAACCGAAGCCAGUAUUUUAAUAAUUGCUCUUUUUGUGUAUUUUCUAUUGGGCUGGGGGAUACCAUCAAAGGUUGUGCUUUUCCAGCUUUUUAUGAAAAACCCCAGGACUUUUGGCCAUUUCUAUGGAAAUGUGGGGUCAGAUGAAUGGUAAUGGUGCCCUCCAGUGGCUGCAAGACCUCAUUGCACAUUGUCUACUGGAGCUUUAGUCUUCUGAGACCGAGAGAGGAAAACUGCUCAACACUCUCUGGACUCAAAUACGUCUACAAUGUUGCAUUAAUGAAAAACUACACUGUGCUAGGCUCAUUCCAGGACAUGAAUAUGACCACACCCUCUUUCACCAGGGUGUUUUCUGUAGCAAGUUUUCAUAUUCGUUUUAAACAAUGGUUUCUCUGCGUUAAUUUUUGAAGAAAAAAGAGGUGGGGUAAGAAAAGUACCCAUGCAUGAUGUAGAGAACUGUUGAUUUGUUUUGCUUUUUUAAGGAAAACUAUUUGUAAGAUGUUGCACUAAAACAUUUUAUAUACACUUCAGAGACCUGUAGUAAAUUAUGUUGAAAAUA